AUGUAUAUUACCCACUCCGAGUGGAGUAAUGAGUUCUCGGAAGGAGGCAUGACCUUUGGAGGAGCAGGAGGACGCAGAAAUACCCAGAUCUUCCGUCGAUUGCCCUUCGACUGCUGUGCACUCUCGUUACAGCCAUUUCAGCAUCCAGUCUGCACCGAGGAUGGCAUCGUCUUUGACCUCGUAAACAUCGUGCCGUAUCUGAAAAAGUACGGUGCGAAUCCUGUGACAGGCGAGAAAUUGGACCCAAAAUCCCUGAUCAAGUUGAAUUUUUUCAAGAAUGCCAAUGAUGAAUACCAUUGCCCGAUCACUCUGAGGGUCUUCAAUGAAAACACACAUAUUGUUGCGAUCAAGCCUUCAGGAAAUGUAUUUGCAUACGAGGCGGUGGAACGGCUCAACAUCAAGGCCAAGUUCUGGAAGGACCUCAUGACAGACGAACCAUUCACACGCAAAGAAAUUAUCACCAUCCAGGACCCCCACAACCUGAAGAACAAGAAUUUAAGUGAAUUUCACUAUGUCAAGAAUGAACUCUCUGCAGUUGAUGAAGCUGCUGAAAGGAAAAAGCGCGACCCUCUCAACAAUAUUAACAAGCAAGGAUCAACGGGCAAGAUUCUGUCGCAGAUGAACAUGGAGAAGAUUGAAAAGGCAGCGGUCGAGAAGAAACAGAAGGAGGUUGUGGCUAUGGCCCAAGGGAGGACCACCAACAAGGCCAUGGAAGCCAUGUCCAACAAGCCGGGACUCGCAUAUAACGCAGCGGCGUAUACAACAGGAAAGACCAGUGCAUCCCUGACCUCGACAGCCGUCAGUGUGACCACGACAGACGACCGCGCUUUGAUGAGCCAUGAAGAGUACAUGUUCCCGUUGAUCAAGGCCAAGGGAUAUGCAAGCAUCAACACUAAUUUUGGCAAAAUCAACAUCGAGCUGUUUUGCGACCAGACACCGCGGACAUGCUACAAUUUCAUUAUGCUUGCAAAGACUGGAUACUACAAGGAUGUCAAAUUCCAUCGCAAGAUCAAGAACUUUAUGCUGCAGGGAGGCGAUCCUACAGGAACUGGACGCGGUGGUGAAUCAUACUGGAAAGAGAAUUUUAAGGACGAGAUCAAGUCCAAGCUGUCUCAUAAUGCACGGGGGAUCCUUAGUAUGGCCAACAAAGGACCCGGAACAAAUUCCUCGCAGUUCUUCAUUACUUUUAAGCCCUGCACGCAUCUGGAUGGCAAGCAUACAGUAUUUGGAAAGGUUGUCGGAGGCAUGGAUGUGCUGGACAAACUGGAGUUGGUCCCCACGGACGAGGACACAGAUAUUCCGAUUUCACCACCAGGAAUUGUCAUGCAGGACGUAACUGUUUUUGUGGAUCCCUAUCAGACGUUCACAGAACGACUGGAGAGGAAACGCAAGUACGAGGAAGAAGCAAGGACGACGGUCAAGAAGGAGAACCCCUUGGAUCACUCUACCUGGUUUGGUCCAACGAUCAAGAGGGAUGUCGAGGGAGGUGGCACUGUUGGUGGUGGUGUUGGCAAAUACUUGGCGGCUGCAACUGCGAAGAAGAGUGCAGGAGAGACUGAAAAGGUGGAGGAUUUGAAUGACAUCCCUUCAGUGCCAAAGAAAAAGAAGACGGUCGCAAAAGGGUUCGGAGACUUCAGUUCAUGGUAG